UCAUUCUCGCUGUGUUCUUUGCUCUCAGUCGUAUGGUUUAUUGACAUUCCCAUUGAAAUCUUUUAUGCGGACAGUGUCGAAGCUGCGGAGCAGAAUAAAGCUCCGUGCAACUGGACUUUAGUACGGUUUUCAACAAGAACGAAAGCAUCGGCGAGGGGAAAUUUUGUAACGUCGUUUCGUGCCCCUGAACCGUCGGUUUCCACCUAUUUUUAUUUGCCCAGUGUUACAAUAAACGAUGAAAAUAUAAAGCUCGGAAAUCGCGCUACACAAAAGUGUUUUCUUUGCUUUUUAAUAAGACACUUCGAAACUAUACUCACGAGACGGACACUGUAACGCUCAUUCUCGGGCGUAAAGUGGUGUGUCGAAAUAAGUUCUUGACAAGAUAAAUCUUCACAUCGAUUAGUGACGACGUAAAAUUUGACGAAAAAACGCACCUUCGUUACGCUGAGACGAUCUCGGCGAACGUGACAGAGACUCAUGGGAAGUGGUUGAUAAAUGCAGUGAAAAAUCUGGCGACGUCGCUGAGUCGCAAUUCUCAUUUUGGCAGAGCCUAAAAUUGCAAAUGUCAUCUGUGACUCAUUAUAUUUCGUGAUGAUUUUUAAAGAGUGAUGUCUAAAGCUCAGUUUUUGAGUGUUUGAACUACAUUUCGUUUUUUUUUCUACAUUCUUCGCUCAUUUAUCCGCUGAAAUAUUUCAGGACGUCUUGUUUUUCCAAAUAAAUCGUUGAUUUUAGAGUCUACGAAAAUGGAUGACGUUCCUGACUGGCUGAACCCAGAAUUCGUACUGAAGGUGCUUAAAAAAGCAGAAAAUGACAAAUCUAUCGAGAUCAAAGAAAUGGCGAUGAACCCAGCGACAGCCAAAGGCGACAAUUACACUAGUCAAAUGGUUCGAAUUAGCUUGGAAUAUUCCGGUACCAAAGAUGGUCAGAAAUACGACGAAAAGAAAACGAUUAUCGUGAAAAUAGCUCCGUACACCGAAGGUGUUCACAAAGAUCUGGUUGAGAAGGUCGGAUUAUUCGAUACUGAAAUAAAAAUGAUGGAGACGACGUUAAAAAAAAUGAACGAGUUGACAAAAAAACUGGGACACCGUUUGAGCGCCGAUGUCCUGUACACCCAGAUCGGUGAUCCCUCGCUACUCGUUAUUGAAGAUUUGUCUCCGUACGGCUUCCGUAUGGCUGAUCGAUUGGCUGGACUCGAUCUCCAGCAUUGCAUACUCGCUCUCAGGGGACUCGGACGAUUUCAUGCAAGUUCUAUAGCGGUUUAUGAAAAGGAUUUCAAGAACGGAACGGUGCCCUACAACAAGGGCAUGUUCAACAGGAAACACCCCGAUGAAAUGAAGCGGUUUUUCACCCUAGGAAUGAGGGCUCUGGGGACUGAAAUACUCAAUUGGUCGGAACUAGGACCUGCUAGGGUGGAAUACUCGGAAAAACUAUUGAAAUUAGCGGACCAUUCUUACGACAAAGCAGCGGAUACAAUGAUCCUAAAAGAGGAUGAAUUCAACGUCAUAAACCAUGGUGACUUCUGGGUCAAUAACAUGUUGUUCCGAUACAACGACGAGAACAAAGUGCUCGAUCAUAUGUUCGUUGAUUUCCAAAUGUGUUCAUACACGUCGCCUGCAAUCGACUUGCUUUACUUCCUGAACACGAGUAUCAGCCCCGACGUGGACCUGAAUCAUCGUGACACCAUUCUUAAGGAGUAUUUGAAUACUCUGAAGGAAUCGAUGUCAAAGUUCGGCUGUGAAACGAGACCACCAACGAUGGCAGACUUGAAAAAAUCUCUGUCGGAAAGAGAGUUUUAUGGGAUUCUUUCAGCGUGUACGAUCUCGCCAGUUGUGCUUGUUGAAAAAAGCGAAGCCAAAAGUCUUGACGAGAUAAUGCUUCCGGACGGCGGUUAUGAUAAUCCGGGUUACCGAUCACCAUUGUUUCGUCAAAUCAUGGUGAAAAAAAUACCUGAAUGGGCUUCCCGGAAUCUCUUCGAUUGAAAGCCAAAUUAUUGAUAAAAAAAAACGUUCAAAAAUCUUGUCUUUCGAUAAAAUUAGCCUGAAAAUUGAAAUUAGGAAUUCCAAGUGCAGGAGAUAAUGGUGGAAAAAAUAGAUAAAUUUUAAUGCAGUUUUUACUGAUUAGAGCCAAAUAUGGGAGGCUGCUUGUUUUCAGAGCUGUGAUUUUUAUUCCCCUGAAUCAUUGUCGCGAUAUAAAAUUAUUGUAAAAUCUGUUAAUAAAUUAUUAUGAAAUAAUUGAACUUAAA